AUGACAAGCACUCUAAAGGCUCUGUGUCUGGACAGUAUACGCAGUAAGAUCCUCCAGAGACUAGAGCUGUGUCUGGAUAUACUGGGAGGAACAGUGGAGAGAAUCUCCAACACAGCAGAGGUGUUGGGAGCUGUACAUCAGGAGGCUCGUGUGAGUCGAGCGGUGGAGCUGAUGGUGAGCCACGUUGACAACCUGAAGAGGCGUAAUGAGAGAGACACAGAGCUGGACGAGACCAAGAAACUCAACAGGAAAAUCCUCCGUAGGAACUACAGCGACCCUAGAGAUGAAGGAGAGUUCAGGCAGAAGGACAAUAAAACCUCUCAGCAGUUGCACAUUGGUGCAAGUCGUCGAAGGGUCAGCAUAGCAGUGAUCAACAAACAAGCCCAGGUCUGCGCAGUUCAAGUCCUUCCUCUCCAAAGACAUGCACGCACCCACGCCCACCAACUAUGCCUAUUCUUUUGCCCCAGGAAAAGAGAAAAUUGGAAAGAGGGCUGCAGAAGUCAUUCUCAUUAGAUCAUGGGAUAGGCAAGAAGUCACUCUCAACCCCAUCUCCAUCAAUGGACUCCAUCACAGAGUCCAACCCUUCAGUCAUGGUCAAGACAGAAGAGAUGGAUGUUCCCUUCCUGGAUGGCAGACCACAUGAAGCCCCUGAUGAUAACAAACAAGCAGUUGCUGCUGAUGUCCAGUCACCACCUGAACCAGACCCCACUCCAGUCUAUACAGCACCCUGUCCCACUCUCACACACAAGCCAAACGAAGUGGACACCAAGAAAAACAGCAUGAG